UUCGCAAUUUAGCAUUAAGUAAAAUAUAUUUUUAUUAAUCUUAGCCUUGGCCAUUAGUUACUAUAUAAAUUAUAGGUAGAACGUUUGUCUACAAUCAGUACAGUCACUAUGAAAGUACAAAGUCGAAUAGUCGACACUCGACAGUUCGAAUAGUUCGAUACUUUGAUAGGUAAACGACGAUUCAUUUUAAUCAAUAAACAGUGCUGUCACAUGGUAUAGUCGCGACGUCAAUUUACUUAAUACCUACUGUUAUACUGAAUCGGCUAUUUAAGGCGUUAGACGACCGUUUUUUCUUAUAUUAAUUAAUAACUUUAGUAACUGCAGCUUGUACGUGGUACGUCACUACUUCAGUAAUUACACAAUAUCAUAUACCUAUUGUUAUUAUUUUUUAUUCAAAUAAAUCCGUCUUGUUCUAAUACCUGCAUAGUGCAUUGCGUGAUAAUUAGAAAAUCCGUUUUUAACAGCAUCGACGUUGAUGGUUUUAUAGUGCUCAUAAAUUCGAGGUAGGUAUUUCGUUUUAAUUUUAGUUCUAUAAUCUUAAAAUUAUACUUCGAGAGUGUAAGUUAUUAUUAAAAUGCGACUUGUUGUUCCUAACUGACGAUAUAUAUUAUGACACAUUUUAUAGACGACUGUAUCUUCACAGAAUUAUAAAGCAUAAAAGUUAUGGCUCUAAUUGUUAAAGACGAAGUAAGUAACGUUCAUUUGUUGAACGAUUCUUGGAAACUUUGGUAUUGGAAAUUCAGCGGAACUGUGGUCCCUGACGUCAAUUGGACCGAUAAUUUGCACGGUUUGUGUGAAUUUGACAGCGUUGAAAAAUUUUGGAGCAUAUUUAAUCAUAUUAAAAUGCCAAGUAUGUUAACAACUGGUUGUGAUUAUUCUGUAUUUAAAUCAGAUAUAAAACCCAUGUGGGAAGAUCCAACUAACAAGAAUGGUGGACGUUGGUUAAUAAAGGAUAAUGGACUAUUAGAUCAGUACUGGAUGGAUAUUUUGUUGAGUAUGAUUGGAGGAAUGUAUGAUCCGUACAAUGAUAAUAUUUGUGGAAUUGUGUAUAAUAGGCGUCAAUACAGUAAAAUAUCUGUUUGGAUCUCUUCAUGUGAUACAAAUAUUGUUAAUGACAUUGGUUUAAAACUCAAGCAUUACCUUAACACAAAAGAAAAGUUUAAAUUUGAAAAACAUAGUGAAUUUUGGAAGAAGAAAAUCAAUUCACACAAGAAAAUUUAUUUAGGCCAAAUGACGCAAACAAAUGUAUAAAUAUGUUAUAUUUAAAUUAAUAUAUUAGGCGUUUUUUUUUUAUUCUGUUAAAACAAUUCCAUAUUAAUAAAUUACUGUUAAAAAAUUUAAUUUGAAUAAUUAAUGAUAAAAGUAUUUCAUUAAAACUGAUUAAGCUAAUUAGUCUAAUGAUCAAUAAACUAUAUUAAAAUGCUAACACUGAUAAAAUUACGCAAUGGAACCACACAAUUUAUUGUUGGAAAAUUAUUAUUUUUUUUUUUUUGUUUACCAAAUUACAAUGUUUGUUUUCUUUUUUUAUUUAAAUAACUUGUCAUAAAUUAAAUUUAUGCUAUUAUAAUAUUUUAAGAGCACGCCACA